AUUCCUUCCUCAUUCUCUCCUUCUUCCUCUCCGUCUUCUUCUUCUCAUUGAUUUCUUAGAUUACACACUCAAUAGAAAAAAGCUUGACCUAAUCUUGGUCGGGGUUUUCUUAUUUUAGGGUUUUAUGCAAUAAAAAUGUCGUCUUUUUUACCCCCAAAUUGGUUUUGAAUGCAAACCCUGAAACCCUAUUUUGAAAACAUUGAUAAAGGUUUGAUCUUUCCAUAAGAUAUGGAAGAAGAAGCCGAAACCGUAGUUGAAACUCCGAUCUCUCCUCAGCCACAACAAAGAUCUUUAGAAGAAGAAGAUGACGAUGAGAAACAAAUUAACACUCCCAAUGAAAAGAACAACCACCACAGCAGCAAUAGCCAUUACAGUGGAAGGAAAGAGAGAUUACAAAGAGCAUGUACAGCACGUUCAGCAUCAAGACUAUAUCCAACUGCAACACCAGCAGUAGAUAAAAAAGCUAUUGCUCAAGCAAAGAAAGAAAGAAUUGAACAACAACAGGAGCAAAGAGAAUGUAGUAAAAUUAUUACCCCAUUAGUUAAUUCACCAUCACCUUCACAAAUACCUAGAUGGAAUCUUCGCUCUAUGUGGGAAUUAGCUUCUCUUCUUAACUUUCUACAUGUGUUUAGGCCGCUACUGAACAUUACUAUUGAGAUUACUGCGGAAGAGCUUGAAACUGCACUCAUUAUGUCUAGUAGUGCUUUGGAUGACAUUCACAUACCGUUGCUAAAGGCAAUCCCUCCUGUUACUCGGAUGGCCAUGGGGCGUGCCACUUGGGUUACGGCAUUAUGCAGAAAGUUAAGGGACUGGUGGCAUUGGGUUGCAGAUGGGGAAUUACCAAUUGUUGCAUCACAAGGGGCGGAAAUCGAAGCAUAUAAGAUGCUUGAUCCUGCAACUCGAGUAGUGAUUCUGAAAGCGCUAUGUGAUAUACGUGUUGAGCAAGAAGAUAUCAGAAACUAUAUUGAUGAUAGUGUGAAACGUGGCAUACACCUUUCAGUAUUUCGUAAAGAGCGUAUAGGUGGUGAUUCACAAGGAACUUCAUAUUGGUAUGAGGAUGAUCCUGUAAUAGGUCACCGAUUAUACAGGGAAGUUAGAAAAAUUGAGGUAAAGAAGGUCAAGGCAACAAAAGGGCGGUUUCAGUCAAUUCCCACUGUGCAUUGCCAAUGGGAAACAGUUGCCACCAAUUUUGAUGAAUUCGUAGAUGUUUCUGAGAAGCUUUUCUCUAGUAAAAACAGAACAGAGAUUGCUGUAGGGAAGAAGUUAAAAAAUGACAUGCUUCCAGAGAUUGAGAAGAUUCACAAGAGGAAAGAGAGAUUGCUGAAAAAGCAGCAGAGAGAGGCUAUCCUUCUUGACAACUGUGUGGGUGCAGAUGGCCUUGGCCCAGGACGCGCCCUUCGUGACCGAAAACCAGUGACAUAUACUUUUGAUGAUUUUGAUCGGUCCAUCAAUGAGGCUAUAAAAAUAACCAAGCGAAAACAACCCUCUCCAGAACCCAUCGUCAAAAAAGAAUCAGUUGCAAAGCCUGAGCCAUCUACCAACGGUAGAUCGAAUGGUCCCUCCAGUACCCCUCGGCAUGCCUCCUAUGAUGAGACGUCUCCAAUUUCAACAGAUUAUGAUGAAAAUGAUGAAGACAACCAAUCCGGACCUCUAGACCGGGGGAACCGGCGAAGGCAGAGACCUCAGAGAUAUUCAGCUAGAGAGUUUGUUGAAGCUGUUUCAGAUAAUGAAGACUUCGACAGCGAUGAUGAUAUUGUUGGAGAAGCAAUUUAUGAUGAAGAAUAUCUGAGGAGUCGCAAACAGAGAAAGGUUUCCAGUAGCUCUGAAGGAGAUGAGGAGUAUCACUGGGAUGAAGAAAAUGUGGAUGACGAGGAAGAAGAGGAAGAGGAAGAAUCUCCAAGCAGUACUGAUUCGGAGGAGCCAAAUAGGCCUAGAAAAUCACAGAAUCGCAAUAGCAGCAGGAACAGAACCAGGAAACUGCGAUCUGUUGAUGAGCUGCAGUCGGGGCUGAGGAGGAGCAGAAGGUCCACCAGGAAUCGAAUAAAUUAUCGGCAAAUUGAAAUGUCUGAAUCUGAAGCUGAUUCUGCAAAACUGGAAAACUCAAUACCAGAGGUGCACUCGGAUGCCAGUAAUAGUGAGGAAUACUCAAAUGGAAUUCAGCAUUCCCAAGAAGGAAACAAGGAUGAACAGGAAACAAAAGUUGAUCAACCGGUUGAAGCUUUCGACGAAAUGAACAUUGAUCAACAGCAACAACAACCAGUUCAGGACUAUAAAGAUCCUACUCCGGCAUUUGAAGAUCCUACUCCGGCAUUUCAGGAAACACACGCUGCAGUUCUAGAAAUUGACGGCGUUGGGAAAAGGCGAUUUCUGGACCUGAAUGAGCUUGCCCCUGGUACAGGUUUUGAUGAUAGUCCUAAAGCAUUUAUGAGAGAUGAAGAUAAAUACUUCUAGUCCUUUCCUCAUCAAGCAAUGACAUUGAGUCCUUUCCUCUGCCAGUUUUUCCGAACUAUUUGCCUCGUUCUUAUGAAGAUUUUAUUGCUAGUUUCCUACUGGAGGAAAGUUGUGUACCAAAACAAAGCGGAAUGUAAUUAGAAUUUUCUUAUUUUAUAUAACAUUUCAUGUGUUAGCGACCCCUUCUUAAGGGCAGUUAAUAUAUUGUAUUGAAUUUUAGAGUUCCUUAAUCAAAAGUUUUUUUUUUUUCUUUU